AUGGAAAUUAGUGCGAAAUUUGAGACUAGCCCUGAAAAGUGCAGCAUCUCAGCCGAUGUUCAAGAGACGAAGUGUGUAAAGAGGCGACGUAGAUCUCCUCCGGUGGUAGCAGUUAGUUGCAACAAUCAGCAGAUAGAACAACAGCAGCCACAGGCCUUUAGGGUUGAUCAAACUGCUGCUGCUGCUGCUGUUGCUGCUGCUUCUGCUACGGCUACAACCACUACGACAAAAAGAAGUUCAAGAUUUCGAGGAGUUAGCAGGCAUCGUUGGACCGGACGUUAUGAAGCUCAUCUGUGGGAUAAAGGGACAUGGAAUGCUACUCAGAAAAAGAAAGGAAAACAAGGAGCUUAUGAUGAAGAAGAAGCUGCAGCAAGAGCAUAUGAUUUGGCUGCUAUCAAGUAUUGGGGAACAUCAACCACAAAUUUCCCUAUAUCCGAUUACGAGAAAGAGAGAGAGAUAAUGCAAAAUGUCACGCGCGAGGAAUACUUGGCCUCUUUACGAAGAAGCAGCAGUGGUUUUGCAAGAGGUGCAUCCAAGUAUAGAGGGGUCGCAAGGCAUCAUCACAAUGGGAGGUGGGAGGCAAGAAUAGGCCGCAUAUUUGGCAACAGAUAUCUCUACCUUGGUACCUAUAAUACUCAAGAAGAAGCUGCGCACGCAUAUGAUAUUGCAGCAAUAGAAUACAGAGGGAUUAAUGCAGUUACUAACUUCGAUUUGAGCACUUACAUCAGAUGGCUAAGACCAGAUGCAAAUUCAGUAGGAUUUCAGGGUUUAAUAUCAGAAAAUGAGGCUCAACAAUCCACAUAUAACUACAUAAAUAAUGCAAACAAGGAAACAAAAUUCUCAACCCCGACUUCUUUUGCCAUAAACAACCCGGUGAUAUCCGAAAAACACGAGAUUAUUGAAAGAAAAAUGCCCCUAAGCCCUUCUAACAAGACACCUUCUCCAACUGCAUUAGGUCUCCUCCUUAGAUCUUCCAUGUUUAAAGACUUAGUGGAGAAGACUACUUCUGCUUCUAAUGAAGAAACAGAGAAAGACAAGACGAAGAUCAAACUGCAUAUUGUUGGAGAAGAAGAUAAUUUUGUGUUUUACAAUGGAAAUAAUCAUGUUACAAAUUAUGCUUUUCCUUCAAAUAUGGAAAAGUUGCCAAGACUGGAUCCCUCAGAGAAGGAUGCUUCUUCUUCGUGUAAUGGAAGAGGACAGCCUUUCCGAACUUAA